GCAUGGAAUUCAGGGAGUCGAGGUUUCAGUAGCUACUUCUUCAAGUCCGAAUCCCCUCUGCUGACAACCAUCAUGGUCUGAAACUACCACUUUGUUAGAGUCCCUUUCUUGAAAGAUAACUGACCGUCAUGAAGUUCGGCAAACAAAUCCAAGCAGAACAGGUCCCAGGAUGGUCUGCAUACUAUCUGGACUACAAAUUCCUUAAGAAGAUCAUUUCGUCGCUUGCUGCUAAUCGACCCGCGUCCGAAGCUGCUGCAUUAGCCCUUGGCAUCCGCCCCGCCGAUAUCUUGAAUCUUAUUGCGCCGAGUAGUACCCCGGCACUCCCGGUGUCACCCCAACGAGACACCUCAAAUCCCACUGAAUCGAUAACGCAAGAUGAGCCGGAGGAACCGCCCAUAUUGUCUGCCCUUCAACAGGAUGACGAUCGUGGUUCUGACUUCCAGGCCCACAAGGCUGCCUUCUUCUUCAAGUUAGAGCGUGAACUGGAGAAGAUCAAUACGUUCUACCUGCAGAAAGAAGCAGAGCUGAAGCUCCGGUUGGAGACGCUACUCUCCAAAAGGCGUGCCGCAGCAAUUCGUGGACUCCCUGAUACGUCUGAGGAAACCACGGUGAACCAUGUCGAGUGGAGCGCUGUCGAAGAGGGCUUCCGCCUCCUUGAAAGGGAUCUUGGAAAGCUCCAGCAAUUCAUCGAAAUGAACGCAACAGGGUUCAGGAAGAUAUUGAAGAAAUGGGAUAAGAGGUCACGGUCAACAACGAAGGAGCUCUACCUCGCGAGGCAGGUUGAAGUUCAACCGGUGUUCAAUAGGCAGCUUAUAUCAGAGCUGUCUGAUACUGUAGCAUCCUGCCUCCUAGAUAUCACGGACCUUACUGCUGGCCUGAAGCUUGAAGGUCCGGCUGCCCAUGAUGUCGUGAGCUUCAUCGAGAAAAACAUGUACGCAGGACCCUUCCGCGAUUUUGAGUAUGAUUUGCGAAAAGCCGUGGAGAACUCGGAUGAAGCAUCUAUCAAGGAUCUUGUUCACCGCUCAGAUCUUCUUGGUUUACAGAAUGGAGGCAGAAUCAAUGUCACCCGCGUACUGUGGAGGGUUAUCGUCGAUGCACCACCCGAGUUAGCGGAUUUGGUACUUGCCAGUAUCACAGUCCCGUUCGACUUCGACUUCGUCGACGAUAUCAAUGGGCGUACGUGCAUCCACGAGGCAGCUGCCGCGGGGGCUCUUCGCCUCGUUAAUAUGUGCUUGGAGAAGUCAUCACAACCAGAGAAGCUUGAUGUUUAUGGUCGGUCCGCUCUCCAUUAUGCGGCGAUGCGUGGGUAUGCGCGCGUCUGCAAGCGGCUUUUGGAAGCUUCCCUACCUCCACACGUUCUCGAUGUGGACAACUGCAGUCCUCUUGUCUACGCCACCUUGCGAGGAAGCCCGGACUGUGUACAAGUGCUGCUAUGCGACGAGUGCAUCUCGCCGUCAUUCAGUGCGCCGAACGAUAAUCUAGUUCCGCUGGCUUUGGCCAGUGAGCAUGGACAUUUGGAAAUCGUGUCUCUUCUUCUGGACAAAGGGGCGUGUUGCACGCCUAAUAGCAAUGGCGAAUACCCUGUACAUCUUGCCGCGCGGGAGGGUCAUGCCGAAGUUGUAGAGCUUCUCCUGAGCCAUGGAGGUUGUGAUACUCCAGACAAGUACCACGAAUGGACUCCCCUCUUUCACGCCGCGCGCAAUGGUCGUGCAUCUUGCAUUCGAAUUCUUUUGGAGGCCGGUGUCCGAAUGGACUUAACGGAUGAAGUGGGACGUCAAGCGGUUCAUUAUGCAGCCUGGUAUGGGCAUCGAGAAUCCGUGGAAAUCCUCAUCGAAGCUGCGGCCAAGGUACCACACGCCACCGAAACCCUUGGCCUUGGCCCCAAGUCUCCCCUGACUAAUGCAGAAAUGCAAGUUGAUUCCGAGUUUGAUCAAAUUCCUUCUUUAUCACUUCCUCCUCCGAUCAUGCCGCAUCGCGUAUAUGGGCAUAAUUAUUUGGACAGGAAUUAUCUUGUCGAAAUUACUGUCAACAAUAACCCCUUCAAAGGCCCAGGUGUAACACUCCAUCCUCGUCUGACCAGCUCUAUCAUUGCGCCGAAUUUGUCCCUUCCAUCUUCAAAACCCCUGAAAAUGGUAAUUACCGCUGGCCCUGGUGUCAAUGCUGCUCCGUACAGUAUUCUAUUGCCUCAAAUGGAAGACUGCGAUGUGUUUGUCUUCCAAUCCCCGUCGUUGAAAGGAUUGAGCUUGGAAUUCUCAAUAUACCCUAAUUUCGGAACCAAAACGAUUGGCCGUGCGAUUGCUCAUCCAUCCGUUUUCCAAGGCAGUGACAACGUAUCAGCUGUGACGCUUCCUAUCCUUGACACUCGUCUUCAUAGUAUCGGAGAAGUUACUGUCUCAAUCAAUGUCAUAACACCAUUCCAAGGUGUCACAUUGGAAGUGGGUGGGGCGGUGGAAACCUACUGGAAAUCAAUGGCGCUACCUAGAAGCACGCCUUCCAAUUCGCAGACAUCCUUGCCGUGGCAGCAAUCUCCUAGGUCACUGGAUUCUACAUAUACGUCACCCUCGAUACAUUCCAACGCCGCCUCCCCGCUGCACACAUUAACCCUGUCAUCUUUAAUUGGGAAUCAUGUACAUAUCAUCGUGCAAGUGACGCGCGACCUGCACCCUGUGAUAUUCGGUGACUAUCUCCUCCCGGAAUCCUCUUUUGACCUUGUUGUUUCCGAUGUCACUCUGGAACAAUUCCAGGCUUUGGCAAGUCGUUUGGAGCGCGAUGAUAAAUCGCUCAGAAAAGUAGUAUCUGCGCAAGAAUGGUCCAGAUUGGCGCACUGUAUGGUUACUCUAGCAGAUGUCAUGCAGGUUCUUCCAACGCACCUCGGUCUUACGUUAGAAUUGGCUUUGCCUGUCAGGCAUCGAGAUCCGCGGUUCCAUCAGAUGCCAAGUGGACCUCAAUGAAGCUGUCGAUUGCGUGCUGCGCACGAUCCGACAAACUUCUUCGGCUUUGGGCGGAGCGUUCGCUCGUCGCCGAAUUGCGUUCACUUCAUUUUCGCCACAAGUCUGUGUAGCACUGAAUUGGAAACAACCAAACUGUCAGUGCUUCUUUGACUCGGAUCGUGGAGCCAGAUCUUAUUAUUA